AGAGUGUAUUAAUUCUUAUUAUCUGAUUAUCUUUCAAGAAAAUUUGGUCUCAAACAUGUUGGUUGUUGUGCAGCAGGCAUGGCAGAGGCCGGAGCCCAUCUAACCUCGACGGCUGUUAAUGAGCAGCCAUCCAUCUUUGAAGUACUGGCACAGGAGUCUCUGAUGGAAGCGGUCAGGCCUGCAUUGAGACAUGGGGUCAAGGUUCUGGCUGAAUCCAACCCAUCCUGCUUUGGGUUUCUGUGGAAACGCUUUGAUGAGCUCUAUAUGCUGCUGGAUGUCCUCCUGCAGAACCAUUUCCUGUCCAACUGCAGUGCCUCCUUCUCUGAAAACUUCUAUGGACUAAAGAGAGUCUCAGACAGGCAGGGUCUUACUGCUCACCUGGGCUUGUGCAGGAGUUCCCGCUUGCAGUCGCUGCUACUCCUGUUCCUUAUGCCAUACCUGCGGGCCAAGCUGGAGGUGACGCUGGCUCAGCAAAGGGAGGAGGAAGACUUCUCUAUCAGACUGGCGCAGACCAGAAACCAGAGGUUUUUCCGAGCAGCAGUGGCAGCGUACCCUUAUGUCAGCUUGGCCUGGCAGGCCUGGAACUUCUGCCAGCAGCUGCUUUUUGUUUUCGGAGUCAGCAGGACCCACAGUCCCCUACUGUGUUUGGCCAAUGUCAGACUGGCACGGCUCAACAGUCAAGACCUCAGAGAUAUGGAACGGAAUAUCAGCAACACUCAGAAACUGGCAGAUGGGAGGUACGUGAUCCAUUUUGGAUUUUCAGGGUUAUGUGUUGCAGGAGUGGAUUUUUCACACAGUGAACAAUACAAACUGAUAACAAUGUACGAAUACAAUGAUAAAGUUUCUGAACAGUUUUGA